ACAACUUGUAUAUAUGUAGCAAAGUCAAUUACAUGCAAUGACACUUUUCGGCCAAAAGGGGCCCCCUGGGCCCCCCUUAAAAUCCGCGUAUGGUGAAAAUAUUAAACUACUGUAAAUAAAAACAAAAUGAAUUUAGUUGUGAUAAUUAAUAGACAAUCUCUGUAUUAAUUGGGCAGGAAAGGUAGGGUUGACAAUGAAUGGGAUAUGAAAAUCCAUGGCAUUUUGUAAACGUACGGAGACUGAAAAUUGGACACAAUAAAAAUAAUUACAUAUUACAUAUAGCCAAAUGUUGUGAAAAUAUAAUACAGUGUUUUAACUGAGUAAUAAAACCUAAAAGACAUUAAUAAGUGUCGUAUAAUGUAGUUUUAGCUUUAAAUAUUUUUUAUUCCGUAAUGAAAACCACUACAGACGUUUGGAAUUCACUUGUCGCUUGCAUGAUGUCAUUUUCGUGCGCCUGACUGUGCUGCUAUUGAAGAGCCAAAUAAGCGGGGAAUUUGAAGUACGCUUUUCUUUCACGUUUCCUGAUAGCUAACGAAACCACAAUCACUGAACUAAUAUACAACAAUUCAGUGAUGCCAAUAACCCGAAAACGAAAUGCAUUCGGAGAACACUUGGCGACUUAAUUAACAAAAAAAAAAAGUGACGCAGACCUGCGUUGUUGCACGUCGCGUUAGCCACUUUGCUAAUUUAAAAGUUUUUAAAAAAAAACUUGUCGAAUGAGCUGCCCGUGAUGGAUGCUACCUCGUCGACUUCGACAUAUAUUCCUCCUCCAUCUUUUCUCAGGAGGACGUUGGAUCAUUUAUCGACCAAGCGAUGUCAUAAAUUUACCGAGGAGGAAUCCCAAACUGCCAAUAGCGUCGCUGUCAUCGCAUUGCAACGCUACUUGUGGGAACAAAGUGCAAGUCAGCCGUGCCAGAGCUAUAACUACGACGUUACGAUCACCGAUGGGGUUUGGCGGACCAAAUGCUCCCUUCACCCGAGCCUAAACCACUUGGUUCACUCCAACACCUUGAAGACAGGCUCGGACGUCAUUAUCGAGCAGUGCUCGUUUGUUUACGACGAACGGAGACUGUUUCACGGUUACAUCAGCAUCGAGGGGUUAAGAUGCUGCACGGGAAAAUCCUUGCUCCUGUCUCACAUUCGGGAUGUGAGCUCAUUGCCCGUGCUGGUUAAAAGCGACUUGGAGAGGAGCACAUUACUCCAAAGGGACGUGCCUCUCCUGCUGAGCCGAAAACACUACCUGCCUUUGUGGAACAAUGAGUUCCAAGAAGGAGAUGUUUGGGCUUCGUCGAUUUCCUCCAGUAACCCGGUGCUGGACGUGAGCAGAGUCGCUCUUAUUAUGAACUUGGAUUCUGCAUUUCGAAGCACAUGUAAACCCCUCCCUCUCCUUGUGAGGAUUAUACACAAAUCCAGAUUGAGGUAUUAUGGCAAAAUCGAUACCAAGAUCGAUUUCCCCUACCAGGCUUACUUCGAAGUUGCUGACCAGAGCGGCAUCAUGUCUCUUGUGCUUUGGAACGAACUCUGUCCACGUUUUUACAACUCGCUCCAUGUUGGAACAGUGUUGUACCUCCAGGAUUACGCUCUUAAGAAGAGCUACUGCAGUCGCUCACGCCCGCAAAUGGACCAGUACCGAAUCAAGAUAUUUACCUCCAUUGAAAUAUGCCUGAACGCUCGCAACCCAACUUCUAUUGUCACCCUGGUGCCACUGAAGCAUGUUGCACCUCAAUGGUUAUUGCCUGAUGUGUCUUAUCGCUUUACCACAAGAUCAGCGAUCACAACAUUACCAAACAACUAUGCUUGUGAUGUCAUGGGUUUGGUAACAUUUGUUGGUCGUGUUGAAAGGAUAAAAAGUACAGGCAACACAGGCCCAGAGAAGUACUGGUCGUACCGCUGGGUUCACGCAGUGGAUGGAACAUCGGAGCAUCCUUUCAUCCUGGAAUUGUUUGCCUCUUCCCAACCUGAAAUCUUUGGCAAUAUCUGCCCAAUGAAUUUUUUGGUGUGCACUCAAAUGCGAGUGCGUCAAGUUGAGGGCUCGUUGCCUUACCUCACCAGUAGCUGUGAGACAGAGAUUUUCAUUACAGACUUUGUCACUGUAACAGGCUACCACCAAAGUCAAGCAUACAAGAAGGACCCUACAGUGCAAAGACUCAUCCAGUGGACAAAAGCGCAGAAGGACAGUUUGGUGUUAAGGAAGACGGCCGUUGGCGGCCAUUACUGCUACCCUCAUGCUCCACGCACGUUCAACCCACCUGUAGCCGUGACGUCAGAGCAAGUUCCUAUCGUAUCCCUUUCUGAUUUGAAGAAAGAGUUUGAGACACUUCAGUAUAGAGAACAUAAAAAAGUUGCAAUUCAAUGUCAAAUUGUGGCUGUCAGAUACGUGGAAAAGUCAAGCAUGAGUCCGCCGCAAGAGAAAGAGGUGGCAGGCAUGGUCACAGGUGAACAAACCGUGUCAGAAGUGCAUGAUGCAAAUGAUGAAAACGUGUCUGCACAAAGGAAAAGAACUAAAAAGACAAGAAAUCUAGAGGAUUCUGUCAACAGCGUACCAGCAAAACGGGCACAUACAGAGGAUGAGAUUGACUCGCAAUCAGAAGAACAGAAUCUGCCAUCCCAAAAUGAAGGCUCGUCCGCACUAUAUUGGGAGAGCAGCGCUUGGGCAGGGCAACGGCAAGAAGUUUCUGCGUAUUGGCAUCACGGCGCUCUUCACGAGGGCAGCUUCACUCGAAAUUUUGACAUGGACAACCAGAACGCUCUCGUGCGGUGGUGCGACCUUCAUCCCAUGCGCUGGACACCAGAGCAUUCGGGUGACUCACUCGCGACCGCCGUUUGUCCGGGAUACUAUCAAGUUACCAUAUUAGGCAUAAACAAGGAAAUGGCUGUCGACGCAGCUUUUUUACCCAUUGUCCACUCCAAGGAGCCGAGAGCCGUAGGUCUUCCUCAGGGUCGGCAUGACAACACCAUGCUGUCUUGUCUCUCAUCUGGUUUCCUUUGCCCUCUGGCUGAAGUCACCUCAGACCGCGGCGUGGCGUCCCAGCAAAAACCAGAGGACAUUGUGGCAACGACCGGCGAGCUUGAGGACACACAUUUGGUGUGUGUCUUGGACAUUUGUCACCUCGGUGGAGAGGAAGUAGAGGUACUGAUUAGCAAAGUGUACAAAUUGACAGAGGUUACGCAUGCGUAGCCAAUUAGAAAAAGAUUAAGAGUUUAGUCUUAUUGGGGCUUAUUUUGAAUAAGAGCUUCACAAAAACAAUAAAUGGGCACACAUUGUGCAACCUUUCUAAUGUAAUUAUGCCUACUUAAUUAAUUUUCAAUGUGUUGCUUUGAAUUUUACCCAUUGAAAUAUUUGAAUGUUGCACAUUUCAACCGCCUGAUGGACUUGCCAACAAAUUACUUUACUGCCAUUUUGCUUUUGUAGCUUUUGCUGUGAGAACAAAGAACAAAUGGUCAUAUUUACCUAAAUUGAAUAAUCUGACGCAUUAAUCUGUUAACUAGUCUUUUAACACUCAAAACAAGAUGGAGAAAAUUAUUCGACUAAAAAAAAAAAAAAAAAAAGAUGAGAUUAAGACGUUAUAAAUUUGCAGUGUGAAAGUAGGAGGCGAAAAAGAAAGUUCAUAUCUUUUUGCAUUCUUUAGAAAUCAGCAUUAGAAAAUAGCUUAAUUUGAGCAAUUUUCCAAUUUCUGAUGAAAAAACUGAGAAAUUGAGCUAUUUGUGAAAGCAUACAGUACAUUUCAAACAUAACUUUGUCUUUAACACAGCUAUUUUUUGCUUUAGUUACAUUCCAAACAUCUGAAUAAUGUUUUCCUUUUUCAAAAUAACAUAAAAGACUAGACAAAUAGAGCUUUUGAUAGCAAAGUAAAAUUUAAUUACAGAUAGCUAACUGAGAGAUGACGCUGUUGUGGCCGCAACAGACGGGUAAACUUUUCCCUCAUCGCCGCCUGUCUCAUAAAGAUGGAUUUUAUUGAGUCUCAGCGGGGCCUGCUCGGCGAGCAGCACGGACUCAGCGGCAUCGUCCGCUGCACUGGUGAUCCCGGUUGUUCUGCUCGGUCGUCCAGCGCCUGGCAUCCCGGACGCCAUUCGGUCGCCUUCCGCCGGCGCCCCGGCCAUGCAGCUCGGCCAUUCGUUGCCGUUGAAUUGGGUUGCGGGCCUUACCAAAUACUGCCCUCCAGUGGCCAGUUUUAUUGCUUUAAAAUGGAUUUUCAGCGUCGUGCUUUGGAGCUAAAUUGAAUCAGAACCCAGAAAUGUCUGUUGUAAAAAAAAAAAACGUAAAAGAUGUAUAAAUACGUCUACGGAACACUGAAAAAAUUAAAAAUAGAUCGUAUUUAUACAUUUUUGGGAACAAAUGAGUAAAAAUAAGAGCAUUUAUCAAGAUUUCAUAAGCCAUGAUCUCGUAUACCCAGCCGCCGAAACCACAUGAUAGCACAGAUUUAAGUAAGCCUGCCACUCUGCUAUUGAAUACGUUGUUGGCGUUAGCGCAGCGGCGCUUUGAAAUAGAGCAAGGCUCUAUUUUGGGCCCUGCCUCUCGCCGCAAAUUCAUUCAAACUUGCCGUUCCGUCCAAGACAGCCGUCCACCGCUCACUUUCACCGAAAGGUCUGGUCCAAAAUACUGUUAAGGAGACGAGUUUGUAUUGGCUUACCCACUUUAUGGUGUCAACAAUAAUAAAGAAAAACAAGAACAAAAUAACAGCGGGCUGCUGCGACAUGCGACCGCUAUCUCUCGCUACCGUUCUCCUUCUCGCUUCCUUCUACGUCACAGCUCGUCUCUUAAGGGGGCUGUGCAUAGUGACGGACAUUACAAUAUACAAUGAAUAGGUUGCCGCUGAACCCUUCACACUAGGCUGCUGCUAGUUUGAAACAAAAAAAAAAACAUCUCUUUUGCAAGGCAUGGCGGCUUUCAUUUUGGUGUGGCGGUGCGCCACAAUGUUUUAAAUUUAGGGGAAACUCUGGGGUCUAAAUGGUAUAUUAAAAGACUAAUUUCUCGUCAUCCGCGUUUUGCCAAAUUGUUGUAUAUCGCCGAAUCGUCUCAAAAUAUGAUUGUAAUUCACAUAAUAGUGCUAUUUAAGAUUUUUUUUUUUAUGCUGUCACAGGCACGUUAGCUUGAAAGGUCCACAAAGAACUCCUUAUUGUGUUGGCAAUCACAACACAAUACUGUAUGUUUGAAAAUAUUUAUUUCCAAAUAUUUCACAAAUACCAGAUUGAGUUAUAAAUAAUUCAAUAGAACAUAAUUAAUAUCAAGAUAUUUUAGGCUGUAAACUUAAAUUUGUUAUUUUAAAGCUUAUUUCAACGCUGUAUAUACAAGGGGGGAGAGCAAUACAUUAAAGCAACAGUGCAACACCAACACAAAAAGCCUCACCUCCACUAAUAAGACACUUCAUUAUCUGUUACAAAAUUACUUUAAUUUUAAAAUUAUGUAACAUACAUGUGCAUUCUAUAAUACAUAGAAAAUAAACUAUAUCAUCUAGUGUUUUUUUUUUUUGUACAUUCUAAUAUACAAUAUAGUCACUGUGUCUUCUGCACUGAAAUGGCAGCAAUGGCUGUGUAGCAGGUUAGUUCGUGUUCCUCAGCUUCUGGCCUUCAUUUCCUCAUAUACUGUACAAACGGAAAACAUCACUUGAAAGAAAACAAAAUAAAAUCAUGACAAAAACAUUGACACUUCAAGGGAAAAAGCCCAUGUAGCCGAAAGUGUGGAUAUUUCCAUGAACUGAACCGAUAAGAGGUAAGAACAUGUUUCCAUCCAAUCAUCAGGGGUGAUUUAGUUUUAGGUUUAACUGCACUGCGUUGAGGGUGAGUUAGUCCAAGUGAGAUCAACGCAAGGCAAAUAAAUAUCAACGCAAAGGCAAAUCAUUGACAGAAGGUUCCACAUAUGCGGAUCCCGUCGCCUUCUUCUUUAUGCCUACUUCACUGCUUUCAUUUGAAUAAAUAUUUAUAGCAUGGCACUGCUUUGCUUCGAAAAUAUGAAGUUAUGGGUCAACCACAGGAUGUUGAAACCAAGCUCGACCAUCAAAAAAACAAGAAAAAUGAGAACUUAAAAUGCAUGGUUUAAAUCAGGGGUGUCAAAUGUGCGGCCCGUUGUAGAUCAUUCAAAUUUUACGUACUGAAUCACAUGCUUUUGUUUUGAAAUUGGCGCCGCAAAACUGGAGAUUUAAAACACAAACCAACACAAACAAAUUGUGCUGGCUUGAGUCUCCAUGGUUAACCCAGUUAACAUUUUACAGUACGUUACUGCCACCUGUUGGUCACAUUGACGCUGUUGAGUGAUUUCUGUUACGUUUCUGUCUUGGAAACCAUGUAAGUAUUUUACAUCUAUACCAACAUGUAAAGCACUACUGCAACUUGGCUCACUUUUGUGUCUGCGGUCGCAUUCGCUCAUACGCCCCCUCCCUGUCAAAAUGGAAUUGACGUCUAGUGCCGUCAAUGGCAGCCAAUGAAGUGACCCAAAAAUGACCAGAAAUCAACAAGAAGUCACCUGGAAAUGUCCUAAAAUCAACAGGAAAUGACCCAAAAUGUACGGGAGGUCACUCGAAAUUAUCCCUGGGUGAUAAAACGAUCACAAUAAUUUAGUGCUGCAACGAUUAAUCAAUUAACUUAUUAACUUUUAGUAUUUGAUUAGAAAAAAGGAUUCGAAUUAUAUUUUGCCGCUUCGAGUAUUCGUUUAAUUAAAGUGGCAUUGUAAUGGUUUAUUUUGAAAGUGUUUGCUUAAGUUUUAUUUAUUUGGGUGGAUACACAGCCCUCUAGUCUGCCUCAUUUCACAUGGCUGAAUCCAGCUGCUCCAUGUUAAGACCAACAUAACACAUUUUUGUUUGAGGUAAUGUUUUUUAAUGCAUUCGUAAUUUAGUUUAUCGGUAUAUUUAGCCGUUUUUUGUUUUUUUUUUUUGCAGGAAUAUGUGUCUGAACCAUUUGUGAAGAGCAUUGUAAUAAUUUUUUUUUUUUUUAGCAUUUUAUAGCAUUUAAGCUAGCAGAUUUUGCUAUGUAAGUUAGCCAAUUGUUCUUUCGUUGUACAUACAGUCGGGAGAACAAGUAUUUGAUACACUGCCAAUGGGAAACCCAUUCUCUUUUGUUUAUAUUCCAUUUUUAAACUGAACAUAGUCUUUUGUCUGUUUAUUUUGUUGACAUUCUCAGACACACUAAGACUUCGUCAUGCACAAAAGGUUUUAACAUGUCGCUGAGUGUUAAUUAAAAUGUCAGUUUUGUUAGUUUGUCAAUAAAUGCUGAUUUAUAAUUUUUUUUAAUUGCAUGUCGAUGGGGCGCCGUUUGUAAAGCAG